ACAGACCCAUACCCUCUUCGUGGAUGCCUUUUUACAAAACAACCGUUUGGACCACGUUAGUCAAGUUAUGGGAUAUCAUAAAACAUAUUUGGACCACUUUUUAAAGACUCAAAAUUUCAUCCUCAGAGGUGAUGGACCACUACCUUACGAUCAUAGGCAUUAUAUUGCAAUCAUGGCCGCCGGCCGACAUCAAUGUAGCUACCUAAUAACGCUACAAAAGCAGGAAUUCCUGCUGCAAAGGGGCGAUCCCGAAUGGCUGAAAGGAUUACACCAUAUUCCUGCGAAAUUGAGGAAUCUCAACGACAUCAACAAGAUUCUCGCCCACAGGCCUUGGUUAUUAAACAAAUCUCAUAUUGAAAAAUUAACCAAGGGCAAAGACAGUUGGUCUCUUGCGGAAGUAGUCCACGCCAUUGUGAUUUUAGCCCAUUUCCACUCGUUAUCAAGUUUCGUAUUUUCGUGCGGUUUGAAUCAGGAAUUGGACCAACUAGCCUCCGCAGGUUACCAAUUUGUUAGUGAUAGCACCGUUACUACCAAAACGAAUAGUAAUAGUAAGACUAAACCCAAAGACAUACCCAUCGUGGAAACGGUCGAAGUUCCGGUUUGGAAGUCCGCCUCCACACCACCAUCACCAACGGAACCGGAGGUCGGCAUCAACACCCUGAUGCAACGCAUGAAGACUCUAUCCGAACAGCAGCAAGAAUGCAAACCUGAAGAGUUGGCCAAACGUUUCGAAAACAUCGAAACGCAAUCCGCAGAAAUAGGAGCCGUGGGAUCCGAACCGCAGUGCGCUCCCGCGGACAUUAGUUGUUAUGUCGAAGAUGCCAGUUUUAUGUACAUAGAUUUCGCUAAGAGAAACGAUUUGCAUGAUAUCACUACGUUUAGAGUACAGGAUUACUCCUGGGACGACCAUGGGUACUCAUUGGUUAAUAGACUGUACAACGACGUUGGAAACCUGCUGGACGACAAAUUCAGAACCGCCUACAAUCUAACCUACUACACGAUGGGAAGUCGUACGGACGUAGACACGACCCGAUUCCGUCGCGCCAUCUGGUACUACAUUCAGUGCCUGUUCGGCAUACGUCACGACGACUACGACUACGGCGAGAUAAACGCUUUGCUCGAACGCACCCUUAAGGCUUUUAUCAAGAGCGCCACCUGCUAUCCGGACAGGGUCACCAAGAAGGACUACGACAGGGUCCUCAGGGAGUUCCACUAUAGCGAAAAGGUCCACGUCAACCUAAUGGUCCUGGAAUCCAGGAUGCAGGCCGAGCUUUUGUACGCCCUAAGGACUGUAAAUCGCUACAUGACAAAUUAGAAGCAUAUAAAAAGGGACAGUAUAAAUUUGGAUACGAAACAGAUAUUUUUCGAAUUCCACUAUAUGUAUAUCUCAUUUCAACGAAAGAAAUGUAAUAUUACAAGUGAAAAUAUAUAUCUAUAUAUAUUGGAUUGGCAUUACAAACCCUCCAAUGAUGAUGUGAAGCAAGGUAAUGCGCAAUUCUACAAAAAAAAAAAACGUUUUUUUUUUAUUAAUUGUAAGCAUAAUAAUUAAGUGUUAUUAUUAUUCUACAAGACAUUAAAUUUCAUGUGGUAUAUUGUAUUUUCAGUGUUUAAGGUACCUAGGUUUUUUCUAAUUUUGAUCGUUGUGUUAAUAAUUUUUUUUUAUAUAAUUCUAAGCUUUUUCUACUGCAGGUUAGUUGAUAUAUAUAUGAAAAAGGAAAUCAGUGGAAAAGUUUAUCAAAUGCAUAUUAAAUAUGUAAUCGCACCUGUAAAUAAUUUGAACAGAAAUAUUACCGCCCCCAGUCUGUUUAAUGGAUAAAAACAAUCUAUAGAAUUUGAAUAUUUUCAAACAUUUUUCGAGAUAUUCUUUUUUUAUGUCCCGUUCUUUUCACACGGUUUUCUCAAUUUAUUCCUCUUUGUCUUGCGGUCAAUUUUGACGUAGAAAUUUGACAUACUAUGUCACUUGUCAGUUUUUGUUUAGAAAUGUGUUCCGUCAUUUUUUUUUUUUAUUCAUUUAAAGUCGGCUUGUUCCCAAAGACGAAUUGUGGUCAGAUUUUUUCGAAAACUUCUGACGUUUUAAACAAUGAUUUUCCUUAAACAUUUUUUGACUUAUUCUUUUUGAGUCGCAGAUCUGUUUAUAAUAAAAACUAACUUCAUUUUUUUUCUUGUGUCCCGUUAUUAUCAGUUUUCUCAAUUUGUUCCGCUUUGUCUUCGUUGUCAAUUCUGUCAUGUGUCACUUGUCAGUUUUUGUUUAGAAAUGUGAACCUCAAACUGAAUCAUAUUUUUUCUCUCUGCUCUUUAAGUCUGCCUAUUUUUAAAAAGAAGGGUCAGAUUUUUUGUAACUUCUUACAUUAGGUUAAUUUGUUAGUCCCAUUGGUAGAGGAAUGAACUACACCAACGUACACUAAACCUUUCGUUUGGUUCGAUGUAAAAUCCACUACACCUUCCUGUCGGCAAUAUGGUUGUCCACUGGUGGAUAUUUUCUCCACCAGCUAUUUAGUAGGAGUGAAUUACACUCGACAUGUGUAUAAGGAAGAAGGAGGAAGUAAACUAGGUAAAUAAGGUGGUGUAAUUGACAUUGGUGGACACUGCACCAACAGCGAACGAAAUAACUCAUUGUAAACAAUCCUUUUUUGACUCAUCAAUGCUACCAACUUUCAAAAUGAUGAUGUUUGCAGCGUUCCGACUUAAAAAAUUUUGAAAGAAAUUAAAUUCUAUCUUUUUUGGCAAACAGGCUGCGGGUAUAUCUCAUUCUAAUAUUAUUGUACAUUAUGUAAAUAAAAUAUGUUUUUUAUUAAUUAUAGUGGAAGUCGGUGCUCUCUGAAAAAUAUUUUUUAUAAUCCCAACUGAAUUUAAAACGCCGCAAACGACUUCCAUUUGUGUGUAUUGACGAAGAUACGAUGAGCGAAGAAAUCCUUCCAUUUUUUUUUUUCGAAAUAGUCAUUUUCGAUAGGGCAGAGAUUAAAAAAAAAAUAAAACAUUAUUUAAGUCGAAGCAUAGCACCAAAUCCUGCCACUACUGAAUUCAAUCUUUUUUCAAAAGUUUUAAUUUAAUAAAGAGUUACCAGUGUAGAAACUUUAAAAUUCACAUUUCCAUUCUCUAAAUUGUAUCGAUUCUUAUAAUCGAUACUUAAGGAAUCGAUUUCUGAAUACUGGAAACUCAUUGGUAAAAGCUGACCCAAUGAAAAGGCAACGCCAUUUUAUAUAUUUUAUUUAUUAAAAAUUAAGAAGUAUAUAUCCACUGAAAACAUAGAGUGAUGAGCAUAAAUUAGCUGUUAUGAUAGAUUAUAUUUUUCCAAUUUUCACCAUACGACUGAUAUAUAAAAAAAAUCGAUAUAGCGCCUAGUUGACAUCAAAAAUAUCAUACAGUGAAAAGAAAUAACUAAGUUACAAGAGAACUAUUCACUAACGAACUAUUUACAUCAAGUAUUGAAAUAAUAACAAAAUGAUAACCUACAAAAAAAAUCGUACCCUACAACUUGGUAAAUUUAUUGCUGUAAACCCCCCAAAUUAUAUGUCUUGAUCUCAGUAUUAAUGUUAGUUUUUUUAGUAUAAUUUCACUGCCAUAUAGCUUAAAAAGUUGAUGCAAUAGCAAAAAAUCAUUUUAUUAAAUUACCGUAAAAAGCACCUUCAGAGAAAAUUUAAAAAGCUACAAAGUAGGAAGUAACAUUUAAAUAUUUAACCAAUCAUAAUGUAUAUAAAGAAAUAUGUCUUCACCACAACUUGUAAAGUAGUGUACCAUUAAAACACACAACAAAACACCCACUUUCAUUAAACUCAGCCAUUUAGAUAGACCUUUGCAUUACACCUUUACGUCAUGUGUCAAACUAACUCGAGCUAGUCAGUUUUGGUGAUAACAAAUCGUCCAUUCGGUGAAACAAUGUCGUAAGUGCAAAAAUCUAGUUUUUAGAUGGGGCCAUUUGAAAGUUUUGGUUGUCCUAAACUGAAAUGCAUUGAAAGUCAAAAUAUUUAAUGUAUGGUAUAUUUGCCACAAUGCUGUACCAGAUGUAGAAGCAGAUUACUUUUCAAUAUUUUUGCACUUACGACGUUGUUGCACCGAAUGUGCGAAAUGCCAUUUUCUUAAAUAGCUUGUCAUUUUAUCACGUGACCAAUAAAGACUAGAGCGUUUGUUUAUUACAUCUACAUUUAAAUCUAAUCCUCUAUCACGUGAUAAAAAAUUCGCAAAAUCUCAAAUGCAUCCGAAGUGGAUAUUCAAACGCAGCAUAUGUCGUCCAUUCUAUCUCGAUGAACUCAGCCUAAAUCUGACAUAUGUCAAUUUUUAGUCAUCUGCACAGAACAAUAGUUGACGGUACACAAUUUGUUUUUUUAUUAAUGGAAUUGCUUGUUAUCUACUUUUGAAUUACAGCUUUACGUCAUGUGUCAAACUAAUUCGUAACUCGAGCUAAUCGAUUUUGAUAAUAACAAAUGCCAUUUUUUUAAAUGACUUCAUUUAAAUGAUACAAAAACAUUUUCAUUCCGUCGAUCUUCAAAUAAAUCAAAGUACGACUCAAAGUCGCCAUUUUGAUUACACUCUUCCAUCACGUGCGUCCAUCGGUCAUAUCCCAAACUAUUGUUUAUAUCUUUUAUAUCGUUCAUUCUAUCUUUAUGAACUCAGCCUAAAUCUGACAUGUCAGUGUUUAGACAUCUGCACAGAACAGUAGUUGAUGGAACAAAAAAUUAUUUUUUUAUUAAUGGCAUUGCUUAUUGUUAUCUACUUUUGUUGAUUUUAUUCAAACACAAGUAGAAAAUGGCAUCUUUGGAAUCUACAAGAACAUAUUUAUUUUAUUGAGAAAACCUAUUGUUAAUUUAUAAUAAAUUCUGGCAUGGUCGUCCUAUAUUUCGUUUUUUUUAUUUGAUCUUUUGGUGGCUCUGAAAAUUUGACACAUUGCACUGUGCAUAAUAUUAAUUAUAAUUUUUUUGAGGUUAUGUGCUGCGACAUGUCAUUUUAUUAUUUGAAGCAGCGUUGUCAAAUUGUCUUACAUGAAAAAAUAUCGGAACUAGAGAAAUUUAUAAUUAGUCGAUUAUAAACAUAACUGUCAUUAGAUUGGCAGCAAAAAGCAUCUCACUGAUAACUUAAAUGUGACGUUAUGCAUACAAAGGUUUAAAAUGUCUAAUUAAUUUCUCAAAGCGAGAAUAACUGACAGUGUCAGUCUUUGCGAUGACUUUACUUUCACAGCCAAACAUUUCUACGUAAUGACGUCAUUGGACUUUAAAAGUAGGCAUCAGUAAUCAAAAUUUAAACACUAACUUCUCAAUGUGGUGUAAAUUCAUAAAUAUGACACUCUUUAAAUGAUUGGUGGUGAAAUUGUAAUCGGUUUGCACUGUUAAAAAUAAGAAAUAAUGCAGGUUAACAAAUAUCUAUUAAAUAUUCAAAUGUUGCUUCUUUGCCUUCGAUCUACUAUCUAGAAAUUACAUCAUAUAAUUUUAAAAUAAAUUUUGAAAAUAAAAAGUAAAAUUUAAUGCGCGCUAUUUGAACCUCAAAUUUUUCACUUUAUCAUCUAGGUUAUGUUUAUAUUUUAAUGUAUUUCUUAAAAUUGAAACUUAAAAUUACGUGAUGUAAAAAAUUUGACUCCAAAAUAUUAUUAAAAUUAUUGGCCAUUGUACAAUUUUAACGAUUAAUUGUUUUAUAUAUUUUAUCAACUGAUUUUUAAAAAUAGUUCUCAACAAUAUGCCGAUUGGUUUUAAUUUUUCACUUUAUACAGAACAUUAUGCUUCUAUAUAUUCGUUUGAAUGUACGAAAUGAAACAUUUUUUAAUUGUAAUAAUUUGUUAUAUUUUGUAAAAAAAUAUCCAUUAUUGUUUUAAACAGAAUGCUGUGAUUCAAAUUUUUUUGUGUAUUUAUUUGAAACAACAUUCGGCCAUUUGUAUGUUUUUAAAUUCCCCAAAUUUUCUGUUUGUUUUCCUCCAGUACUGUUUGAAGCCUAUUAUAUUUUUUGAUUUCGCAAAAACAAUCAUAUUUGAUGCAAAAAGUACAAAUUGCGAUGAACUGAACGAAUUGUGAAAGGAUUUCAUAACUAAUGUAAAGUACAAGUCAUCCAAUGAUUAUUUCGGUAUACAGAGUUAUCAGACCUUUGUUUAUACAUUAUUUGUUACUUAAUACUACCCGACUUGAAUUUGGUGUUUUCAAUAGCGUUUGAUCGUUUUGAAGAGCUCCAUUCGCUCUUUUAAUUCAAAACGACACUUUUAGUGUUCAAUUAUUCCGAUUACUGAAAGUUUAACAUGCUUAAGUGACAGUUAAAAACAGCCUAAAAUAUUCGGAUUCAGCUGUCACUAAAAACUAUAAAAAAUACGCUAGAUUAGUGUUGACGUAAUUUGUGUUCCACUGACAAGUGACAGAAUCAUUGGUUACAAAAUAAUUUGGUUACAUACCUUUACUUUUUUACCAUUUGCAAACACUAUUUAACAAAAACUAAAACCGUAUAUGUCAAAUUCAAUGACAGAAUGAUUUGUUUUUGUUAAAAGUUAACUAUCAGAAGAAGGCUAAAUACAUCACACUAAUAGAGCGUCUUAUUUUGUAUUAUUAGGCAUUUUAGAUGAAAUGGUUGCACGUGGGUAAUCACAGGUUAUGAUAUGGCAACACUGUGGGCCUGGUGAUUUGAUAGGGUUAAUGAUAUAGAUAUAUAGAUUGAUCAUCCAUGCUUUUCAAAAUAAACACUUGAAGUAAAAAUGUAGGUAAUUAUUUUGUUUACUACAUUCAAAGGAUGAAAACUGGUUUUGAAACAUAUUUCUGCUAAACCUAUUCUGAUUAAUGAACACUUGCAAUAUGACAGCUCGCAAUGCCACUCGCUUUAAGCAAUCUAUAUAUCUAUAUCAUUGACCCUGUCAAAGCUAAUAGGUCCAUAGGGUUGCCAUAUCUUAACCUGUCAUUACCCACUGGCAGCAUUUCGACAGGUUGUUUGAAUGCCUAAUAUGAUUUUCUGGGAAAUACAGGAGAUGAAACUACCCGAGCUGUCACGAUGCAAGUCUUGGGAAAGAAUUUAUCAAAGUUUUUAAUUGUAUACAUUAAUUAGGGGACAAAAAAACUGCACUUUGCUCAGAAAAGUAAAUGCUAAUAUCAGUACAUUUUUUUCGUCUUUGGAAGAGAUGAAGUUGUUCCAAUUUUACCCCUAUCGGUCAGUAAGAAGACUGCAUUUUUGAUUUUAAUAUAAAGUCAAUAAAAUGUAUUUUUAUACGUUCUGAGGUAUAAACUCACUAAAUAAUAUUAAAGGGACCAGAAUAAAUUAAAAAUUGGAUGUCUAAAAAACUUGCUAGUGGUUUUCUUGGAGUUUAGGUAAUAAAAUUACAAUGUGGUUUGGGUUUGUGAAGUCCCAACAUCUAAUACCCAAUAAAAACCAUUAGGUGUAAAGAACAAGAAAAGAACAGUAAUAGUUUCACUUGAUUGAUAAUAAACCAAAAUCUUGAUUUUUUUUUUUAAGUUCAAAAGUUCUUUACUACCAUGAUUAUUUUUACAAAUCGUCAUCUAUCAGUUACACCUUUGUGGAUUUAUUUUCAUGGUCUAUUAAGCGGAUAUUAUACAGCUACAAGCUUGUAGCAAAAUUUUUUUAACUUCAAUUUUGACAUUUGGAAAUUAAACAUUUUUUGUCAUUUGAAAACUUUAUUUCUUUGGUUAUAUUAACUUCUUUGCAUUACAUUUUUACGUCAUAUAUCAAACUGGAGUUUUGGUGAGAAAAUGCCAUUUUUUUAGCUUUAUUUAAAUGAUUUUCAUUCCGUCAAUCUUCAAAUAUAGAAUUAUUGACUUCAACUAAUCAAAGAACGACUCUAAGUCGCCAUUUUGAAAUGCGUCCAUCGCAAAAUAUUCUCUCGAUUGUAUUUACCAACAACUUAGAGCUUUAUCUCUGUUUGAUCUAAAAGUUGGAUAUUUGUAAUUAGAUGGUAAUUCUGUAUACCAAAAUGAGAGUUGUUAUGAAAUUCUCAUGUGGAGCCAAGUAAUGUAGUGGGGUCUUCUCCAUUUGUGAUAUUUAUCUGAAUGUGAUUACUGUGUAAUAGAUUUUUAGAUUGUUUCAAUUGAAUACUUACGAUAAGUUUUGUUGAUGUUUAACCAUAGACUUUUAGUGAGAUGUUUUAAUUCAUUAAUCCACUUCAUAUAAAUAUAGUAAUUUCAUGAAA